GGUGUUGUAGAAUGGUGUGUACCAUUUGAGGACUUGGUCAGUUUUGGGACUCCUGCGUUUGCAGUCGUAGUCCCCCGGCUAGUAUUUGUGGGGAGAGAGAUGGAUUUGUAAGAGUUGAUGCCGGCCUUUGCAGCUAACGCGGCCGGAGAGACGAUGAGCGUUUCGUGCGUCUCUCUCCCCAACACGUAGCCUAGAAACCGAAGAAAUAAUGAAGCAAUUCGAUAGAAAACAAAAUAAAUGGUGUCCUGGACAUGGUCGAGGACCACAUCAAGAACAACGUCGUCCGGGUGCCGGCUGCAGGCGGCUCUGGGAAGGGUGCUUACUUCCAACAGGCUGUGGGCAUCCCGCAAGGCUCGGUGCUCUCGGGCCUCCUGUGCAACUACUUCUUCUUUGGCCACAUCGAAAAGCGCCUCCUGGGCGACGUUCUCGACGGCGGCGUCCCGGAGCGGCCCCACCGCCCGCCCGGCGGCGGCGGAGCGCGAGGACUGUCGGCGAGAGCGGUUGGGCUCGAGCGUCGCAGCGACGGUAUUGGUGGCGGUAGUGGUAGUCAAGGCGCAGGCGCUACCUCUUCAUUCGCCCCCCCCGCGGGAGGGAAGCGCGGUAGGCCGGGUGAGCGAGAACGGGAACGAGAACGAGAACGAGGACGAGAACGAGAACGAGAACGAGAACGAGAACAAGAAGGUGAAAGACCGCCGAAGUUCGCCCGCAUUUCACCCGCUUGUUCCCGCUUGGGCGACGCCGCUGCACCGGACUCCGAUCGAGCGUCACGCGGGGGCGUGCUUGGGGUUCCGAACGGCCGCGGCGGCGGCGGCAGUGACGGCAACCGUGGGCCACACGAAACGCCACAACAGCAGUCAUGCCGGAACACCGCUAACCAAAACGGAAGAGGACAUGGCUCGUACGGGCCCGUGGGCGGACCGCAUAGGGGCGAGCGCUGCAGACUCGGUGGUAAUGGUGACGAUGAGCAGCGAGGAAGGGGGCCCGCGGAGAGGGAAGAGAGUGGGGGGGAGAGCCCGUUUCCCGAUCCUGAGGGCGACUGCACGUUGCUGCGCCAGGUGGACGAUUUCCUCCUGGAGAGUGAUGAUGGGAUCUCUACGAGCAAGGCUAAGGCCGAGUCCUUCGUAAGGGUGAUGCACGACGAGGUCAAGACGGGAGACUGGGGCUUUAGUGUGCACCAAGCGAAGGUGACGCGAUGA